AUGAAGCAUUUGAACUAUGAUGAAAAGUAUCAAGUGAAUUUUCCAAAUUCACAUUACUUAGCCAACAUCAACAACUUAAAUGCCACGAAUCAAUCCAUUCAUCUUAAUCGAUUACCAACAUUAGGAGAAAUCUUAGCCAAUAAAACAAAAUCUCCAGUUGAUCUAUAUACAUUUUAUCAAUUUAUGAAAGAUGUUGAAGGAAAAGUUGAUUAUUUAGAUUUCUGGUUUGAUCUUAUUAAUCAUUUGAAUUUAUGUAAACAUUAUGUUAAAGGAUUAAGAGAUUCAAUUGUUAGAACUUCCACUGUACUUCAUCAUUCAAAAGAUGUCGAUGCUGGUGAAGGUCUUCAACAACUGGGGGUUCAUCCUCAAGAUAUUAUUGCUGAUUAUCGUAUGUCACAACCUAUUUCCGAUAGAUCAAAACAUAAAUCUUUAAGUUCAUCAAUAUUAUUGGAUUUAAUCAUUAAUGAUAAUAUUUUAGAAGAAAAUGAUUCUCAUAGAUUAUCAGCUUUUCUUAGAGGUGAUAUCAAUUUAGAUAAUGUUGAUCCUAAAUUAAAUGAUUUGAUUGAACACUAUAAUGCAGAACUACAAUCUACAGAAAUCAUAAGUGGUGACAGAAGAUUCUCUCCCACUAUUGUAUCUAUAAGUAAAAUGGGUAAUGUCACUAGGUCAUCACCUACAUUCAUCAACACUAAUAGAUUACCAAGUGGAGAAUCUCAAGAAAAACCAACUGAAAAGAGAAUCAAUUCUCAAUCAAAAUUAAUUGAUGAAACUAAUGACAGUAUCGACGAGGGUGAUUAUUCAUACUCAUAUGAGAACCAAUUGGAACAAGGUGAGAAAGCAACGGCAGCUAGAUUUAUUUCCUUACUGGGUGGCCAAGGUGGACCCGCAGCUACCGCCGCAGCAACAAAUGCCAACCCAUUUGCUGAUCCUCAAAGUAAAAGAAAAUCAAUAAAUCCAGUAAUGAUUGAAAAAUUACUUCGAGAUGUAACUCCAAAAUCCCAAAGUGAUAGUUUUAUAACCAGAGAUAGAUUACGUGAAUCUUCCCAUAAUUUAAUGUUGAAAUAUUUUGUGGAAGAUUCAGAAAAGAAUCUUUAUUUACCAUCAAAUAUAAAUUCUGCCAUAAUUAAAAAUAUUGAAGUUGAUGGUCGUGAUGAUCCUGAUAUUUUCCAUAAUGUUAAGAAUUAUAUUUUUAAUAAGAUUCAAUUAGAUCAUUUACCUAAAUUCCUUGAUUAUAUGGCAACUAGAAAUAUCAACAAUUCUCGAAAUUGGCGUACAAUUCUUGGAUUCUUUGGUUUAUUCAUUGGAUUUUGGGUAAGUUUUAUUCUUGUCUUCUUAGACUAUCGAAAAUCAAUGAGACCAGUCAUAUUAUUACCCUUUUUCGUAGGGUUUUAUUUGUUGUUUUCAGCCACGUAUUUGAUUGAUCCAAUAAUGGCUUGGUUUGGAUAUUCUGAAAGCUUUGCUACAACAGCUAAAGGAAGUAAAAUUAUUAAAGUUAGAGAAAAGUUUAUUUAUCUGUUUAUUUUGAAAAGAAGUCAUUGGGUAUUGUUCUUGAUUAUUUUGGCAACUGCUGUUAUGACGAUCUUAUUUUCCUUAGUACCUGGUCAUCGUUUAUGA